CCACCCUAUCAAACCAAAACAGUAUCACGAGAAGCAUCCAUCAAGAUGCGUUAAAUCGCUCCCAUUUCCCCGUUCUUUCGAACUCCAGUUCGGUAAUCGUCAACAUUAAACAAUUUUACGUUUCCCCCUCUUCGUCAACCCCUUCAGCUCUUCCUUCACAGGUAGAUCUGAACUUCAGCACCCAGCUUUGUAGCUCGCGCUCAAGUUCUCUUACCCCCACCGCCACCAUUCACGGCCAAGACUUUCCAGUCUUCACCACGGAUUCCCAACAGUCAACAUGGCUUCCCUCCAGUUCACCGAGCCUGCCGGCACUCUCCGCGCAAUCACCAGCACAACAACAGCCACCACUUCAGGACUUUGUCUUGUUCGAUCAGCCGAUCAGACCACACCGUCAACAUAAUCGCAACGCUCUCCAGCCUCCAACCCGAGGUAUCAACCUGAAUCAGCAACAUCGUAGCCAGCAUUUGUCUCCGUCUUUGCAAAACCAGCGAGUUGCAAACAUCAUCCAGGCUACAGGGCACCAAAUCAAUUCUUCGGCUUUCACCAAUCGGUACAGCUCUUCUCAGAACUCGCGUCCGCAACAGUUCUACGCUUCCUCAGCACCUUCUUCAGCUUCAAUCCUGAACACUCAGAACCGCGCACAGCAGCGCCCUCCUGUUCCCUUGUUUCCCAAAAGUACCGGCAGUAUUUCGCACGGAAAGCAGGGCAACAAGAUGUUCUCAGAACUGGACCUGCUGGAUUUCGCCACCUUUGACGGUGGAGCUACCACCGAGGCGGCGUUCGCUUCGCCUGCCAACCAGACAUACGAUCUUUCGAGCAGCGUUCCUAGCUCCGUCUCCAACAUGGGCACUGUCUCGCCUCAGGAGCUUCUGCUCCAUGAGCCGUACUUGUCUGCACCUAGCUCCACCGCUCUUACGGCUUUGACUUCGCCUUCCAUCUUCGACGGUUCGCCGGAUUUCGAUACCUUCGACAUCUCUCCUAGUUUUGGACAUAGUGACCUGGAAAACCCAGACACGUGGUUCUCACUUUUCCCUGAUGCCACCCCGCUACCUCAGGCUCAGGUCCAGACUCAGCCUCAGACCCAGACUCAGACUGAGCAGCAAACACAACCGCUGCCUGAGCUGAUUCAACCUGCACAGCCGACCGUUCAGCCGACCGUUGAGCAAACAGUUCAGUCUGUUGAAGCUUCACCUGCUACCCCAUCUGAGGAUUUGGAGGUUUUGUCUCCGGGCUCUGGUCAUCAGAGGAGGAAGUCGUCUGUCAGCCCUCCCAGCGGUCGUCACUCGUCAGUCGCUGGUGUUGGCUCUCGUCGUCGCGACAAGCCUCUGCCCCCCAUUAUUGUUGAGGAUCCUUCCGAUGUCGUUGCCAUGAAGCGCGCCCGCAACACUUUGGCUGCUCGCAAGUCUCGUGAGCGCAAGGCUCAGCGCUUGGAGGAGUUGGAAGCUAAGAUCGAGGAACUGAUCGCAGAGCGCGACCGUUGGAAGAACUUGGCUCUGGCGCACGGUGCGUCUACGGAGUAAACCGAACCUUUCGGCUCCUUGAACAAAAAAAAUAUCCCUCGAUGACGGGCAUCGAGGAGGGGUUUCAUUGUUUUUUUGUGAAAUUCUUAUUUCUCUUCUUCUUUUUCUGGUUAUCAUUGAUUAUUGAGUGUCGCUUGAUCUAUAGAUCGCGCCUUGGGAUAUUUCUGGUUUCGGAGUUGUCAGAUACCUUUCCUAGCUGUUACAUCCAGCGGAAACCAAAUCAAAAGUUUUCAGUGUUUUAAAACCAUG